GACUUUGUGUUUCAUAAUAAUAACGUUACGUAACUUCGUAAGAUGGGACCUAAACGAUCCACAAGACCUGCCCCGUAUGAUCCAGAACUCCCCGCAAACUGGCAUGUUUCCCGAUUGAAAGAGUUUUUGAAUAAUCGCGGAAUAAACUUCCCACAGACCGCACGUAGAUCAGUGUUGAUACGUCUAGUGGAACAAGAGUCUAUUAAUAGAACAGAGACAAGUGCGCGAUCCCAGAGUUCCGUGCAGCAAAACAACAAUGGCGGCGGUCGAGAACUAAUAGACAUUGUCACGAAGCUGACCUCUACAGUACAGAACUUACAGCAGAAUGUAAUUAGUUUGACUUCCAGAGUUAACACCUUGACCUCGACGUCUCUAUCUACUGAUGUGAACUCGAGACCCAGCGAAAUUACAAAUACACCGCUGCCAAAUUCCACGAUCACAACGCCGACGGUGAAUCCAACUGUAAGUGUAACAACAGCUCUAGAUCCUAGCAGCGGACAAAAUGUGGCCACUACAGAAAUAUCAAACAAUUUCAACAUUUCGUCAGCUAUUACGGCCAUGCAGACUUCAACACCACGCAUUGUAUCGGCGGCGGCCGGAUCUGAAGCUCAACUGGGCAGGCCCGAUUACACUAGGACUAGAUAUGGCUACGCGGCAGAAUCUCUCCCCUUAGUGGAGACGAUCUCUCCCCAACUAAGACAGCAGAUAACGGCAGAUGGAGAGAUUUCGAUGCCUGGCCCCACACUCCGAUCCAGAGCCCAUUCCUUGCCUGCAUCAUUCCGAGAUGUUGAUGGAUUAGAGCAAGCAGUACAGGAUUUAUGGGACAAGUCCUUAAGCCACUCUACCAAGCAGACGUACAGUUCCGCUUUUCAGACUUUUUUAACAUUCAUGCAAAUGAAUGGAGUAACAUUUUUAAAUGAUGGCUUACCACCUGUAAAUGAGACUGUUCUUGUUUAUUUUGUAACACAUUGUAAAUCAGUGUUGAAACUCAAGCAUGACACUAUUAAAUUGUACUUAGCUGGAAUUCGUUUCCACUAUAUAAGAGCAGGUUACGGAGAUAUUUUGCAGGGUUGUGACCAAUUACAAUAUGUUUUACGAGGAAUUAAAAGAUCUCAAAUGAAUGUACAUAAUAAACGCUUACCUAUUACUGUUGACAUUUUACAACAGCUUUUGCAUGUGUUAGAUAAAGGGUUUUUUUCCCCUUUUGUAGAUCUCAUGUUGAAGUGUAUGUUUUCUUGUGCCUAUUUUGGUUUUCUCAGAUGUGGGGAAAUCACUUGUAAAGGUACCAACUCCUCAGAAUUUGUACAGAUUGGUGAUGUUGUUAUGCAAUCCGACAAAAAUGCCUUUGUUUUGAGACUAAAAUCUUCUAAGACAGAUCCUUUCUCCAGAGGUGUAGAUAUUACAAUUUAUGAGAACGAACAUUUGAAACCUGUACAUAUUAUGAUGUCAUAUUUAGAAAUUCGCAAGUCUCUACCAUUUUUGGUAUCUUCACCUCUUUUUGUAGACAGUGAAUUCAAUUUAACACCAAUUUUAAGAGAAAAAUUUGUACAACUUUUAAGACAACUGCUCCUACGACUAGGUUAUCCUGUAAAUAAUUUUGCUGGUCAUUCUUUCCGUAUAGGAGCAGCCACUGCAGCAGCUGCUGCUGGUGUUGAAGAUCAUGUGAUUAAAGAACUAGGUAGAUGGUCGUCAAAUUGUUAUAUCAGGUAUAUAAGAACUAAUUCGCAAGUCAUAAGGGAAGCUCAAGAAAAAAUGAGUGGUAGAUAAGGUUUUCAUUGAGUGUUUUUAAAAAAAAAAAAAAAAAUUUGUUACAAAUAUUCAAUUAACAUUGUUCUAUAAUAUAAAUACUCUUGGGGGCUUCACUCAUUACUUCGUUCAUUUGGCGUUCAUUCCUGGGGAAUUUUGCCCCCAAUAUUACUUAUAUUUAAAUUUUGUGUGUCUGAAGUGGAUUUGUUCUGUUUAAAUACUUCGAUUGUAUAGUGUAGUACAUGUAUAUAAGAAUGGUUAUAUUUUAUGCAUCAAAACAAUGGGAUUAGCCCAUAGUUUGUACUCGAAGGUAUUUGUCUGGUUAUGUAGCCUGCUGGGAUCAGCCCCAGGCGUGAUGCACUCCUGGGAUCAGCCCGGAGUGUGGGUUCUACUUAGCCUUUAGGGAUCAGCCCAAGGCUAGGUAUCUUGUUUACAUCCUCUCGGGAUCAGACCAGAGGUCCGUCAGGUUUUCGUGGCCUGCUGGGAUCAGCCCCAGGCAUAUCACUCCUGGGAUCAGCCCGGAGUGGCGAUUUGUGCUUGCCUCUAGGGAUCAGCCCUAGGCGUGUUUCUUGUUGAGCAUCCUCUUGGGAUCAGCCCAGAGGAUUGUCUUGUUAGUAGCCUGCCGGGAUCAGCCCCAGGCAUUGUGCACUCCUGGGAUCAGCCCGGAGUUGUUUUUGGGCUUGCCUUUAGGGAUCAGCUCUAGGCAGAAUUGGGUCUAAUUGUUUCGAGAUCAGGUUGGAGUGGCUUUAUUUAUUGAUCGCAGUUAAGAGUUGGAAGGAAAGGUAGAGAAAGUAAUGAGUAGCCCCCAGAGCGCCAAACAAGUAUGAGUUUUGAGAUUUACAUUAUUGUAUAUAUUUUUUCUAUGUGUUCAUGUUUUUUAUGGAUUAUUGAUAUGUUAAAUAUUAAACCAACUGAACCUCUUAAACCUUGUUUUGUUUUGUGUAUAAAUUGAUAUUUAAUGACAUUAAAUUAUUAUUUAUACACAAAUUGUCUUUUCUAGCCUUUGUGACUGAACUAAAUUUGUUGCAUUUUAUUUUUUAUGUAAUCAGGAUGUGUUUCUAUAAAUAGUUUUUGUUUAUGGGGUAUUUUUUGGAUUGACCAAUAAGAAAAGAGUAGCCAGGGGCAUUGAUGCCUAGAGGGGGAGUCUGGCAAUUGCAGUUGGAACCUGGAAGUCACGGACUAUUGU